UUUGGCGACACGAACCUACCGCAUCACCACCAAAGACGAACGAAUUACUCCCUCUUUUUGCGCAUCAAUCACCAUCGCAUCAUCUCCCGGCAGCUGAUCGUAAAGCCCGAGCCUCAUAUGCAGCGCUAGGGAAACGAAUCUCCAACCUAUCAUCUAUACACCAUCAACCUUCGGUCAACAUGGAUAUCGACGACCCCAGACUUAUGCCCCAGAAUGUCCCCCCCAGUUUCAAUGCAGAGCAGGCAGACAAUCUCGAAGAUAUUGAAAAGCAGUUUGCCGUCAAAGUGGUCCAGCACAUGGAGACCUACUGGGCCAUCCUCGAGAAAGUAAAAGGGUCAUCCCUCCGCCUGACAAAGUAUGACGACGAGAUCUACGAGCACCUCCAGAAAGAUUUCCCCGAGUUCGACCCGACCGAGACCAUUGACGAGGACAAGAUGAAGAGCAAGCAGGGCAAGGAGAGGUGGCGGAAUUUCAUGAUGGCCUACGAGAAGAUGAUUGACGACUACAACUUUGGGACCAUGCUUCGUUCGAAUGCCAAGUAUGAGUACGGCCGGGACGAGGUCAUCUUUGUACCACGCAUGCAAUUCUACGCCGUCGAAAUUGCCCGGAACCGAAAGGGUCUGAACGACUGGAUUUACGAGAAGGCGCAAGCAGAAAAGGGGCAGGGCAACAAGGCAUAAGAGCGGACAGACUGACUCUGAAGGAGGCUAGCAAUUGAUUUUUCCUUUCGGCGCAUUUUUCCACUGUUGGGGAGGCCAUUGCUGCGUUUUGGCUUGAGCAUCACCAUCCAAGUUCGAGCACGUCGCAGCAGUUGGAAUAUUUAUCUCCAGAAAUACUCUCAAUGUUCGAUGCAGGCGCUGUGGCUCGCAUAUCCUCGCAUCCCAGAACGGAAUCAAACCAGUGGAGAAUUCCUGUCUUGAAUCCAAGGAAGUGCAGCCCGUUCGUUCGCUUCCACAACCAAUGAGUCUUCCUCGUUAACUAGCAGUUCCGAGACCGCAUACAACGCACCUAGUUCUUUGUGCCAAUGCUUUUCCCAAGAGCCUCCCUAGGGUCCGUGAGUUCCGGCCAAUGCGACUCGAGACUCGAGC